UCUCUUUCUUUCUUUUCUUGCCUUAAGUCCGAGCACCUGCACGUCACUUCUCUUUCCAUCCGUUGUUACUUCCUUCAUGCCCAGUCAAAGCCAGGCCAUGCUUGCCGUGUUCGGCAACGAAUCUCAGGAUUUUCCUCCAACCUUCCUCUAUUAUCCACUCGAUGGCGCGCCACUGUCGCUUCCCUGUCCAGCCAACAAAACCUUGUUUCAACUACAAGAUCGAGUAGUGGCAUCUUGUUCCAUCCCCCCUUUGCAUAUACCAUUUACUAUCCUUCCAUCCAAUCGUGGGCGCUACAACGCAGCACAAAUGCCUUUGGGACGCCGUAAAACUUUACAUCAUAACCCCUGGCCGCACAAUAUCUCGCGAUUGACCGAGGCAUGUCUCAAUGGCUCAAAAUGAGACUUGAUGGCUGUUACCGUCGUGGCUUUCUACCAAUACAAACAUAACUGCCAUGUCAUCUGUCAGAAUAACACAAGACCGUGGAAACGGCCUAGGGAAACUUACACGGGAAAGUAGGCCUACAAAUCGUUAACAAUCAACUCACAUCAGGAUUCGCCCCUUUUUGAGCCAAGAACCGAGAAAACGUACCUUGAAUGCUGGGUUGCUGGCUUCGCUCCUCGCUUGAGCUAUCAAGAGUUGGAAAUCACUGAAAGACAUCCUGUACAAGGCUCAGUCAAACAUUACUCGGACAGAUUCUGGUUCACGUUAUCGGUAUUAGAUCGACCUAUGUCAUAAUCUCGGGGGACUACACUACCAUCAGCCUCAACACAUACGAUCUGGUAUCAAAGCAACCUACCACUCGACCAGCCGCACAUUGGCAACGUCAAGAGUCUCGACUCGACUUCCGUAAAACCUGCGCUUCUCAUCCAGCUGGCUAAUUGAAGUGGUGCCCGCGGAUCUUUGUAUGGCUGCUGGCUUUCCAAGUAUUGUCUGGACCAUUGCGACAGGGCGUGGUCUACUCGGCAAAAUUGUUAGGAUGCAGAAGUUUCCGUGUCCAGGAGACUAGGGAAAUCACCUCUACUUAGCGUACCAUUGUCAGAUUGGGCGUUGAAGUAUAUCUCGACCAUCUGACACCACCCGCCUGGCUUCAAUACGCGGAAAAUGUCUCGAAUAUAGCUUCGCCAGCGAUUCGCAUGGAUGCCCCCGGCGACCAUUUGGCUAUGGACAACGUCAAAGUGGUUGGACCGAAACGUAAACCUAUUCCGAACCCAGGUUAGCAUGGAUCACAGGACUUGCUCACAGCUACUUGCCUCCCGUUAAGGUCGUCAACUUGGAGCUCCAUAUUGUCGGGAGGGUUUUCUGGAAUCAUGUGCGGGCUGACAUCGAUGCCAAGGACCUGUGCAAAAGACUUAGCCACAAAAUAUCUCAUCUCAGAUCCUUAUCUUGGUGGUUUAAGAAUCGAGUCAGGCUGGCCCGGUUGACCAUGGUGAUAUCCAAAAACACCUCCUCGAGACUCGAGGAUGGGGCCACAAGAGCAUACAAAAUCAAGUUGCCUCAAGCUCCAUGAUGGAACACGGUGUAUCGAAUUUCGCCUGACUCGGAUGGCCUAUAAACACUGCCCCUUGAAAGGAAGACUUGCCAAUGGCCUAGGGGAAACUCACUUCGGCGUCAGGAUAUUGUGUAGCGACUUCGAUGGCCCAAUCUCCUGGACCACAACCGCAAUCGAGUAUUCGUCGUGGCGACCUGAUAGGGGGGAAUAUGAGCCUCCCAUCAAAGAGCCUGCUGAGUACUCCGUGCAUCACCUCGAGGCGCGAGAUUUCGUCCUAGUUCAGUGACUUUUGUUACUUUCUGUCAACCACUUCGAUCCUGGAUACAGAUCUUCAACUUACCUCAUCGAUGGGUGCAAAAUAUGUACCAUUCGUGAGGGAGUAAUGUUGAUAAGAGCGCCCAUAGUGUUCGAUUGUCUCGGUGAACGUCUCGUCCAAGGGCACGGUUCCAUCCCUUUGCAUGGGGGCUUAGCGAAACUUCCAUAUCAAGAAACUUUGGUAGUCUUACUCUACAUCCAUUUUCUUUACCGUCGAAUUUUUGGACACGAAAUGCCUCUCAAUACUACAAGUAUGAUGCAAGCUUGCUCGGGCGACGAUAGCCAGGACGAGCAGAGCUGCCUUUUCCAAAAAGGAUUUAAACAAUUCCUAAGGAAGACAUGUGGUACCCAAAAGCGCGACCCUAGCCUAACGUAUAAGAGCCACCCUGGUGCUAGGAUGCAGAGUGCAAAGACGUAACAUGACUAUGGUGGCUUUUGCAUCUAGCGGCCUUGCGUACCAUUCAAAGGCGCAACAGGGCUUCUCGAAGAAUGCGGAGAUGAUCUAGCAGAGAGCCGAGACACGGGCCGGCAAAGGACUGCUUCCUGAAGGUCCAAUGCCGAUCUUGACACCCCAGAGCUCUGCCGUUCAACUCAUAUUGGCCCUGUUACGGAAGAAUAACGGCGAACAUACCACCAGGGGCCAUUUCACAACCGCAGUAUCCUAUGGAAUAUGACAAGAUGACGCUGGGAGAUUCAGGCAAGGCAUCAACACCUGGGUAUAGGUUAGAGGCUGGCUCUUUUGGCUAUUGAUGGAUACUAAACAGGGAGCUCGAAAGAUUCUGAACUUGAGAUUCACAAAUUCUUGACACUCUCACCAAGACCUUGGAUAUCAAAGUAGCCAUCGAUGGGUAAAAUGGAAAUCACUAGUCUGGGUGCCCUUGAUUGCCUCAUUAGCAUCCUUUUUCCAUUCAUGGCCCCAUGCUUCGGUCGACGAGACAGGUUCCACUCGAAGUGGAGAGAAUGGUUUGCGGCAUGUUAUUAGACAUGAUUGCAGUCAACUCUACUCCGUACAGGUGCAGCUUCUGGUGGAGGGUCUCAUUCUCGCCUUACUCUGUUAGAACCAACCAAUGCAUCCAUUUUGAGUUGGAUGGAAUCCUUCCCACCAUCACGCUCAGGCACCCGGUUGUCGGGACUUGUGCAGACUCCGUGGAUGGCUUGAGACUAUGUGCCUGCCAUGGAAGGUGGCGCCCAAUGACUUCGAACCGUUUGACGUCGAUAGUGAGGCUGUCCUACCCCAACGUCGGUAGUGAUCAUCAGCUAGACAAGAAGGAUACGCGGUUUGUCACAUGUGUAACAGCGUUUUUGGUGAACAAAGUAAGAUCAUGGUUUCACAAUGAAAGCUCCCCGGAGCAAGUCCAAUGACAAUCCAUGUCAAUACCAAUGGCAUGGACCUGGGACAGCCUUCGGGAUACGGGCCACCCAAAAUUGCUGUACUCUGGUACAACUUGGUGUCUUCGGAGCUCGCGUACGACUACGGUGGCCGACAACACUUGCUUGACCGGGAGAUUCGCUGAUUAUAUGUAUAGGCGAGUCAGGCGAAUGGCCCUUACUAUCUAGCCCUGGCGCCUUCUUGCCAACGAGAAUAUGGUUGCGCUAAGAUUGCGACGCAGACGACGAAGGAGCCCAGUCAGAGCACUUCCCUAUCACCAAAAAGCACCCUUCGAUGGGUCUCAACGAUACUGGUUAUGAUCCACCUCAACAGCACCGGGAUCUUUUAAAGCCAAACAGCGAUAGUUCUCAGACCAGGAACUGGACAAUUCAUCUCUUCACCGCCUCGUGUAUCCAGCAGUGUUUUAUGCAAAGCCUGAAUUCAGAAGAUUCCUAGUGGCAGAGGCGUGUAAAAGGGAGGUCUCAUGGCCGCAUAUAUGCUGGUGAUGGGCCGCUAAGUUGCAUUGGAUGGGUUCUCGCGGCUGGCGUGAAUUUGCUACCCCCCUUCGGCUAAUUCACUCUCUGGGCUUCGCAAUUAACAUCAUACGACCUAUCGAAUUCUGAAAGGACAUCUUAACGAAAACUGGGACGAAAGAAUGCCACUCGCCCAACGUCGUACCUCUACUAGUGUCGAUGUACACAUUGACGGGCCGUUGCAGGUUGUAACGCUGCAGGUGGUGACGAGCCAAAGCUCUCUGUCAGCUCAUGACACGCAGAGAAAGGAGCUCGACGAUGACAAUCAAUGGUCCCUAUUGCCGCAUCCUUAUAUUAACAGGGGUAACCUGGGAGAGCUUACUUGAUCCGGUCAUAGGCUCACAAUGAUCAAGUCUCACAAAGGGUCUUGUGGAUACGGAGACGACGAGAAACCCUACCAACGAAUGGGAAGUGUCCACGGUUUGCGAGGUUGCGAUAACUUGUAAGUAACGAUCCGCCUGUCCCAUGACCGCACCAGAGAUCACGCUGGGUGCUUCGGAAAGGAAGGCGACAGCAUACUGAAAAUCUUGCCAAAUGGCGUCCUUGGCUCCGUCCAAGACCCUUAAAAUUGUGUGGCAUCAAUAGCAUGUUCUGAGCAUGUCGCAAGUGACACCUCGCAAGUUGGAACGUUCUAACUGUCACACACAGCUUCGGAGGGUCCAGUGGCUCCCUUACCCACACGCAGCCUUUCAACAGCCGCUACGGGCCGCCAUCAUGGAGUCUGUGGGGGGAUAAACAUAAAGCACCGAGUCCAAAAGGCUGCCAGGCUGCACGCCAAAGGAGGAUCGUCAACUGACUGUUACCUUUCUGACUACGUGGUGCGGCCUCAUAUGGAUAACUCCGUCACUCGGAUAAACUUAGCCGCGGUCUGUUCCAAUACAAGACAUGGUGGAUUGGGCAGGACACCGACAUGCAAGAUUGCAGAGCAAACAGAACUCAGCUCUGGUAGCACUUUGUCUGAAUCACUAUUGUCAACUAACCGAUAGUAGAACGCUUAUGCGCUACGGCUGAUACUACAAAGACAGGGGGAACCAUGCUCAAGCCAUGGUUUACCGACCCAGACUCUCGGGUUCUGACCAGAAACCCGGGAAAUUGGUGGGCGUGGUUAUACGGGCACUGUUCCGCUAAUCCGUGGGAUUUACCACACCAUUCGGUUUCUAUUCCUCAGCACAGAUAACACAGUUUGUACGGCAUUUUGGAAGGCUCAAGAUCUCAACAGUAUCUAUGAACUAAGCCAUGGAUGCUACAGCAUGAUGUCCAAAAAAAGAUUGGGCUAUAGCCUGUAUCCAUAUCCUUCUAUUUUGUGGUGGGCUAUCAUAACGACAUCUGAAUUUUACCAUCAUAACCCGUACGGCUUCUUUAGCCCAAAACUCCCAAGACACCACCGAAUACUGCACCGGGAUAAGCACAGCAAAUUCCGAACCAGAGC